AACAAGUUGCCAAAUUAUUAUUCUUAGGUUUAUAGAUUUCAGAACUGUUUUUUUUUAUAUGCUAGAAGAGAUGAAGUAUUAAUAUGCGUAUCAGAAUUUAUGUGAAUGUUUUGGAUUUAGUUGAUCUGAUUAGUUUUCUAUUUUACUUAAUUAAUUGAUAAAUGUUGACUAGUUUAGUUGAUUAAUAUGUGUAUCGGAAGUAUCAGAAGAGGGUCAAUCAUGGGUCGCUAAGCCCGUUAGGGGCCAAAGUUGUUUAUUCAUGGCAUCGCGUCAAGGCAGCGUGGUUGCACAAAUGAUGGAUCCAAUGGGGACUCUAUUCGGAAGUGUUCACGAGAAACAGAACGAAACCGGAAGCAUGAUCUUCCCAAAUUUCGGAAGCAUGUUUCAUGGCGAACAACAUAAAGCCGAUAACUGGGAUGUAGAGAGUAACCACGAAAAGGGGAACUUAUCCGUGGACGAAACUAAUGAUAAUGUAAAAAGCCCGCGUAAUUCAACUGGUGUAGAUAAAGACAUGAUUGCUCCUGUUUCUAGGAGUAUGUUAAACGCAGACAUCAACGAGUGUGACGAUAAAAGCAACCUCCAUUGUUUUGGGCGUUGCAUAAUUAUUAAUAUAGCAGGGAGCUACAACUGUACAUGUUGGCCAGGAUACACCGGUGAUGCAAAUAUACCAGAUGGUUGUCGACCAAUCUCUAAUGGUUCAAAAUUUACAGUCAUGGUAUUCACAUUAGCUCUAGUGUUUGGUUUCCUGGCAACAUUAUUGGGGGUCACUGGAAUUUUCUUUGGCAUAACGUAGCCUACCCAUUUGGUAUCGGUGUAGGCUCCGGUUGCUCCAUAGACGAGUCGUUUGACCUAACGUGCAACACGACUUACGACCCACCGAAGCUAUUCACACUAGUACAGUUGUUUGACCUAAGACUGUUUUGUCUCGAUUGCUUUCUAAUGUGACCGACGAGUGUAAAGCUAGUUUGACUCAGGUAAUUAAAAUGUUUGAGGAGGGAAAACUUUUGUUUGAGAAGUAUUGUUCACUUUAAGGGAUAUGAUGGGCCUCGAUCUUCUUGUACAAGCUGUAGCUAUUGGUAAAGGAAAACAAGACCUUACUAUCAAGACCAGAACGCGAUUAAGAAGUAAAAAAGUUGAAUCUACAUGUUCGUCUCUUAAAACAGAAGAAAUUGUUAAUAUUUUGGAAGAUCGAAUUGGAUUAAGCAAAACGUGGCUAAAUGAGUUCUUCUGGGCCACUGGGUGGCCUCGACUUUUGGCUAGAGGAUGGCACUAUGAAAAGGCUAGAAACUAGGCGUUCGAAAACUCGAAGAAUUUAGUGUUUCUUGCACCUGGUGUGACAAAGUUUUCAAGGAGGGAUCUGGUCAAAGGAAGUCAAUAUUUUGACUCGUUGACUGAAGUGCUAAAUAACGUUGCAUCUGAACCGCACCUUCUUGAACACAAACCUGACAAGGGCCGGUGAGUCGCGCCACAUGAAACACACGGGUCAGAUGAUGAACAAGAUUCAAUGAAAUGUACGGUUGUGGAUACCAGUUUGGCUGGGCUUGUUAAAGUUAGAGAGCUCAAAAGUUUGACUGAUUUUAGACCUACAGAUAUGCAAGCAUCGGUUGGUGUUUCUGGAGAAAGCGAACAUGACACAACAGAAGAAUCUCAAAAUGAAGAUGUGAACCUUAACACACUGGAAAACACCAAAAUGGAUCUCCCUACAGAUGGCAGCCAGCAAGAAAACUGAAGUUGGUAUUUAAACAAAAAACAAAAUGUCAAACUGUUGACGAUAUUAAAAAUGACAACACUCGUGGUGAAGAUGAAGAUAUGCUACAUGUUCCAAACAUCUUUACACGCACGUUACAAUACUUUUCACUACAUUAACAACGCUUAGGGUUGUAACAGUUCCAAUCGUGCACAUGUUAGAUUUGAAUUCGUUUUUUUGGCUGAAAAAGUUUAUGUAUCUAAAUUUUAGUAUAUUGUUUGUACAAAUAACUAUCCAAUAAGAAAUUAUAUUUCAUAUA